UACACAUUCACCAGGUCUAAUUGAGAUUUAGACACUCCAUCUCAGGAUAAGAGUUUCAUGCAGACAUUACUGAGACCCUGCUUCAAGAGGAAUUGGUCCAGUGGCAAUUCAGUAGCCAUGUCAUUGUCCAAAUUACAGGGAGUCAAACUCCCCGCCUCGGCCGAUUUUCAUGUCCAUCUCCGUGAUGGGCCGAUGAUGGAUCUUGUCGUGCCAACCAUUAGGCAAGGAGGGGUGAACACUGUCUAUGUCAUGGUAAGGAUCUGAUUGAUGAAGAUUAGAAAUUCGAAGAUUCGCAUAGCUCAGGUAAUUUAUAAUUUUUGCUCUUAUAAUAAUUAUAGCCAAAUCUGGUCCCGCCGAUUACCACUGUCGAGCAUGCUCUGGAGUAUAAAAAGCGUCUACAAGCCAUUGAACCGAAGGUGAACUAUCUCAUGUCCCUUUAUCUUCACGAAAAUGUGACUCCCGAGGUCAUAAUCGAUGCCAAGAAACAAGGUAUUGCCGGUGUCAAAAGCUACCCGGCUGGUGUGACCACGAAUUCCUCUUCUGGGGUUGUCGAUUAUUCCCAGUUCUAUCCUGUUUUCGAGGAAAUGGAACGUCAGGGUCUAGUUUUGAACCUCCACGGUGAAUGUCCCUCAAAAGGUGACAUUACAGUCAUGACCGCAGAAGAGCGGUUCCUGCCCAUCCUUUUCCAACUCCAUGAGCGCUUCCCUAAGCUUCGUAUCAUCCUAGAACACUGCACGACCGCUGCCGCAGUGGAAGCCGUUAAGAAGUGCGGGCCGACUGUCGCUGGCACGAUUACUGCUCACCAUCUGUCCAUCAUUAUCGACAAUUGGGCGGGAGACCCGUUCUGUUUCUGCAAGCCCGUUGCCAAGACGCCUGCAGACCGUGACGCGCUUCUGCUGGCAGCUGCUUCCGGCAAUCCAAAGUUCUUCUUCGGCUCCGACAGUGCACCCCAUCCUGCCAACUCCAAGCGCGGCGGUGACAAGAUCGCGGCAGGUGUAUUCACACAGCCAUAUGCAACCCAAAUCGUCGUCGACGCAUUCGAGCAGGCUUGCCAAAACGGCGUUUUGAACGCAGAAGACGUUACCCCAGAAAUUCUUGAGGGCUUUUUGAGCAAAUUUGGCCGAAAAUUUUACGGCCUGGAAGGGGAGCAGAAGGAGCAUAUCACUCUCGAAAGGAAGGGUGAAAAGAUCGCAAAUAUUCUCGAGUCACAAAGCUUGGACGUCGUUCCUUUCAGGAGGGACCAAGAGACUUGGACUGUCUCUUGGGUUUGAGCGUUCGUCGCAUAUUGUCAUGAAAGAUGCCACCAUUUUUCAAUUUUGAGUAAAAAGCUUAAGCUGUAUUUCUUACUCUGGCUUUUUGUCGCCUGCUGUAAGCAUGCCCGUCACAACCUCUAAUGCUUGAGCCUCCGCAGCAUCAAUCUUUCUACCUACCACAAGGUAGUUUCCAUCGCUGCCAACUGCCAAUUGCCCGGCACGCUCCAGAUGUAGUCUUAUUCUGCUCUCGAUAUAUUCCUUUCUCUCAUCCCUUUUGGAACUAACGUCCAUCUCAUCUGUUGAUUUGGGCAAUGUUUGCAAUUUCGGCCGGAGCUGCCUGAGCGUCGCCUGUAGCACAGGAAGCUGUGAUAAGAUGAACGUCGCGUUAGUCGUAAGGGGUGUAUGUUUCGCAUUAGAUCCCGCAGCGACGCCAACCCGUAACUGCUGCGCAGAAGGACUGGAGGUCAAAAACGACAAGUUAAGAUCACCGGUGCUAGUUUCUGACUUGACAUCUCCCUCUCCCUCUGCAGAUUUCGAAGCUUGAACAGCAGAUAUUAUAGACCUUAGUUGAGAUAUAACGGCUUCAUUCCGGGCGU